CAGUCACUGCACUUUGAAAGCCGAAAACAAAAAAUCCCGCCCUCUCUCUCUCUCUCUCUCUCUCUCUCUCUCAGCACUGCUUCAGUUCAGUCGCCAUCUCCCGCUUUCAUACGCCCCCACGCCCCCCUUUUUGCUCCCAUUCAUUCCGGUACCAGCAGCAGGGUUUUAGCUUUUAGGGUUUUGCAAAGCUCUGCGCUUGCAGAUUUCGCCAUGGAAACGGACGAAGCCCAGCGAGUUCUUCCCUUUCAGCUCCAGUUCGACAAGCCACUCGCGUCUCAGAUUAAAAUUGCAGAAUGGAACCCUGAGAAGGAUUUGCUGGCGAUGGUCACCGAAGACUCCAAGAUUUUGCUGCACCGUUUCAAUUGGCAGAGGCUCUGGACAAUCUCUCCCGCAAGGAGCAUAUCGUCGUUGUGUUGGCGUCCCGAUGGAAAAGCAAUUGCUGUUGGGCUUGAAGAUGGAACAGUUUCAUUGCAUGAUGUUGAAAAUGGAAAGUUGUUGAGAAGCUUAAAAUCACAUUCCGUUGCUGUUGUUUCACUUAACUGGGAGGAGGAUGGACACACGACUAGAGAUGAGCACGGCAGUAUAUCAACAUAUGAAGACCGUACUUCUCGUUUCUUCCCACCUCCUCCAAGAGUUCCGCGGAUGCCUGGACUGGUAUCUGGAGAUACUGGUUUCAUAGAUGAUAGUGAAGAUUCAUUUCAAGAGCUGUCAAAUUCUUCACAGCAACGUUUUAACAUCCUGUGUAGUGGAGACAAAGAUGGAGUCAUUUGCUUUAGUAUAUUUGGGAUUUUUCCAAUAGGGAAAAUUAACAUACACAAUUUUUGUGUUCCUAAUCCACUUACGGAUGCAAAAGCUGAGUGCAGACUUCUUAAUGCUUCUGUUUGCAAGGUUGCUUUGUCGAAAGAUCUUUGUCAUUUGAUAGUCACAUGUUCAGGAGAAUUGACUGAUGAUAGGGAGGAAUCAGAAAGCAGACGAGUGACUCAACAUGGUAUUCAUGGCUUACACUGCAUGGUGCUUGAUACAUCUAUAUUUUGGAAGAGGAAAAAUGAGCUUCACCAAGUGGCUCAACAAGCGUCUAACAUUGAGGAAUUGGUGGAGGUUAUUCGGGCAUCACUUUCAGUUAUGCACAAGCAGUGGUCUGAUGCUAUGCACACUUUCCAUGAAAAGUUUGAUUCUCUAUCUAAUCUGAUUGUUGACCAUGGACUUGACUCUUGUCCCCAGGAGGAGUUUUUGAGUCUUUUAGGUGGUGCAAGGACUAGUCCACCUGUUCAUCAAUUUCUUGUUAACUCUCUUGGUGAAGUGGGCGUGAAGCGUGUGUCAAAGGCUGUUUGUGGUGCCGGAAAAGAACUCCAGCUUAUUGUCCUAAAUCAUCUCCAGCCUGCUGCAGAAAUUAUUGCAUUCAGGAUGGGAGAAUUAAGAGGCCUUUCAAGAUGGCGAGCACGAUAUCAGGGAAUUGGUUUGGAUGAGACACUCAUCAAUAAUGCAACAGAAAAAGCUGGGAUGAUACUUUUACAAGUUGAACGAUUUAUCAGGGUGCUGUCAACUGUUGUGCAGCAGUUUUCAAAUUUCUUCAACUGGCUCUUGAAAUGUAUAAAGUUACUUAUGUCAGAACCAAGCGAUCACCAUCUUCUACUGUACAAUAGUGAACUUGUCGUUAUAUUCUUGAAGUUUUUAUAUGACCAAGAUCCUGUCAAGCAGUUGCUGGAAGCAUCAGAAGCCGAUCACCAUAUCGAUAUUGGUUUGGAAACAAUGCAAAGAGUUAAAGAACUGGUUCAGUUUGGGGGAUUUUCAGAUUUUGGAUAUCUGCAAAGGACAUUAGCAAAGGAAUCCCAGCAGAUGGAGUCUAGUUUCAAGGAGGCUUUUCUGAUGCCCUUUACAACAAUAUCAAGAAAGAUACUGUGCAAGGAUUUAUUGCCGCUUUGCCCUCUUCCACCUUUGUCAUCAUCUUUGUCAACCACCAUUCCUGUUUCAGUAUCGUAUUAUGAGGAUGCCUCCCAAUCGGUCUCUUCUUGUCAGAGUGAACACUUGUUUCUCGAUUACAUAUCUUUCCAAAUACCAGAUGAGUCUCUCUCCGGAAUUGCAAAUUGUAUAGGAAUAGUGAAAGGGUUUAUGCAUGACUCGAGCAGUGUAAACAAGGGCUAUACUUCAUUAGAAGCUGUAUUGUUGGGGGUCCCUGCUGGUUAUUACUGCAUGGAUCUUUCCUUAUAUAAGGAAAGUCAGAUUGUUUUGUUAUUAAAUGAAACAACCGCCGCUUCUGAAAGUUCUGGAGACGCCUCUAUGAUGAUUGUGCAAACAGAUGACCUUCCAUUUGUAUCGAUCUCAAGAUCCACAGGUCUAAACUAUUGGACGUUGCAUCAACUAAAGGACUCUGUUGUUCACCUGGAAAUGGAGAAUGAGAAGGUGCGCAAUAUACCUCACUCCAUCGUUGCACCCCUCGCAGUCAGCUCAUCAAGAGGCGUGGCCUGUGUUUUCGCUGCAAGAAAACGUGCCUUGGUCUACAUUCUGGAUGAAGACGAAGAUGAAGUCUCAGAUGCAGAGUGACUGCAUCUAAUUUACUCCUAGAACAAAUAUGUGUUGCAUACUCCGCCUCGGCGUGUAUCAUAUUUUUGUUCUGGCCAAAUAAUAUGUUCUGCAUUUUGUUUCUUAGCAUGUAUCGUAAUUUCGAUCCUCUGUUGCAAAGUUCGACAUUUUGUAAGUAUGAGAGAGAGAAGUGAGAGAGAGAAGUGAAAAAGUACUAGCGUACGUAUUUUAAAAUUAACAAAUUGUCGUUAAAGACUUGUAGCUCAAUCAGUUAUGAUUGUUCAUGUCUGUAACUAAGGUCCCGUGUUUGACGCUCAACCUAAACCAUAAAAAUAAGGUGAUGUGUGCAACAAAAAAAUAAAAUUAAUAAAGUGCAUUUGACUUCUA